UCUCCAAGGUGCUGCCUGUGCCGGGCUGCUCUCCCAGCUAGCGGACGUCUCCUGUUCCCGGUAGGAAAUGGAGUCCAAGGUCUCUGAAGGCGGCCUCAAUGUCACCCUCACCAUCCGGCUGCUGAUGCACGGCAAGGAAGUUGGAAGCAUCAUUGGGAAGAAAGGAGAGACCGUGAAGAAGAUGCGUGAGGAGAGCGGGGCAAGGAUCAACAUCUCAGAAGGGAACUGCCCUGAGCGGAUUGUGACCAUCACUGGCCCCACUGAUGCCAUCUUCAAGGCUUUUGCCAUGAUCGCCUACAAAUUUGAGGAGGACAUAACCAACUCCAUGAGCAACAGCACCGCUACCAGCAAACCUCCAGUGACACUACGGCUGGUGGUGCCAGCGAGUCAGUGCGGGUCCCUCAUUGGCAAGGGGGGCUCAAAGAUCAAGGAAAUCCGAGAGUCCACAGGUGCUCAGGUCCAAGUGGCGGGGGACAUGCUGCCCAACUCCACAGAGCGGGCGGUGACAAUCUCGGGGACACCCGACGCAAUUAUCCAGUGUGUCAAACAGAUCUGUGUGGUGAUGCUGGAGUCCCCACCAAAAGGUGCCACCAUUCCCUACCGCCCAAAGCCCGCCUCCACCCCUGUCAUUUUUGCAGGUGGUCAGGUAAGAGCCGACCCGCUUGCAGCCUCCACUGCCAACCUCAGCCUUUUACUGCAGCACCAGCCGCUGCCCGCCUAUACAAUUCAGGGACAAUACGCUAUUCCACACCCAGAUCAGUUGACCAAGCUCCACCAGUUGGCUAUGCAGCAAACCCCCUUUACUCCCCUUGGACAGACCACCCCCGCUUUCCCUGGAGAAAAGCUGCCCUUACAUUCCUCCGAAGAAGCUCAAAAUCUGAUGGGCCAGUCAUCAGGUUUGGAUGCCAGUCCCCCGGCCAGUACUCAUGAACUCACCAUUCCCAAUGAUCUAAUAGGCUGCAUAAUCGGACGCCAAGGGACCAAAAUCAAUGAAAUUCGGCAGAUGUCGGGAGCGCAGAUCAAAAUCGCGAAUGCCACAGAAGGGUCAUCGGAGCGCCAAAUUACCAUCACAGGAACCCCUGCAAACAUCAGCCUUGCGCAGUACCUCAUCAACGCCAGGCUGACGUCUGAGGUCACUGGAAUGGGCGCACUCUAAUUUCCACCCACCAUCCUCCACUCCGCACCACCUGACCCUCUCCAGCCACCGGCACUCCACCCAGCCUGUACUGCCUGUACAUUUACCGUUUUACUGUCUUCCCUUUGCCUCCACAGAUACUCUUUUCUUUACUAACAUAUACAUAUAUAUAUAUAAACACACGGGCGCGUAUGCACACACUGGAACGUUUCUUUACAAGCUCUUUAAUCUGUGCUCCCAAAGCUGCUCCCAAACUCUUUGGUUAUGGUCCUUGUUUCAGUGUUAGGGUGUUAAUUCUUCAUCUGCUUCAUCUGCUUUUUGGGGACAAGGGGGAGGGGGGGGCGUUGUUUUUUUUCUCUCACUGGCAAGACUUCAGGAGCUGGCGGGGUCUCUAGUGUCAGUCUAGCAUAGCUACCUAUACAUUGAGUUGACAUUGGCGAUACAUUCUGUAGUGUAUGGACAUAAUGAUGCCACCCAGAGCUGUGCAUGUUUCAGACGAAUUAAUUUUUCUCACCCUCCUUCCUUUGGUGCUCCCCCUUGCUUGUCCUGGCUCACCUUCGCCACCUCAUCCCCUGCCCUUAGGGUAAGGGCAUACUUUUCACCCUGUGUUAUUUGGGAAGCAGAAGCCAAGUACGGGUUCAGCCCGCAAGCUUCUCUCUUGGAACAUGGCAUGGUCCAGACAAGCCCAUUUUCCUACUAAGCUGAGGGAAUCACACACACACAGAUAAACACAAAUGUUCUUUUCUUUUUUAACUAACAAGCACCUGGAAGUGGGAAGAACUCAGCUGUAUGGGAUUCACACCCCCAGGGGCCUUUGAAAGCACUCUUUUGGCAAUCCCCCACAAGCAAGACCUCAGGAAGCUCUGUGAGCCAGCUGUGUUUGUCAUUGUUUGUGUUCAAUAAAUGUCUGUGCAGCUCUCGUA